UCACGAGUUGCUCAGUUACAUCCCUGCUGAGACCUCUGCGGCAGUGUUCGCCGUAGAGGCGUUAAGCGAUACGGAGAGAGAGAGAGAGAGAGAGAGAGACAGAGGCAGACGGCGCGAGUUAACGAGCGAGGUCGGAAAAGAUUGAGCUCAGGAAAUGACGAAGGGGAGGCGAUCGCCAAAGACAGGGGAGAUCGAAGCUCGAACUAUUAGGGAUCAAUGUGUCGCAUAAGGGUCUUCAAACUUUUUCCCUGUAGUGCAAUUGGGUAUAUCCAAUAAGCUGACUCUCUACAUGUUGGCUCAUGAUUUUUGUUAAUUAUGGAUUCCUUGAUUCACAGAAUUCUCGCUGUUUACCGAAGAUUGAUAGGAAAUACUUGAGAUGUACAAUUGUUUCCUAACAGGUUUAUAAUUAUCACUUUAUGAUUAUGAAGAGCACACUGAUGUAGGAAAUAUGAUUGAGGAAAGUCCAGACUCCGUGUUGCCUUCUUCUGUUGUUGGCCUAUAUGCCAGCUUAUUUGAGCAUGGAAGUACGACAGAAGUUCAGCUCCUUUCAGAUGCAGGUCACCCAAGGUCUCAAGAUUCACGUGACAUCAUUGCGUCACUUAGAAGAUCUUGUGAGUCAUUUCACAGGCUUAAUGCUCCAAGAUCUGCUGCUUAUUGCAGUCAUAGAAUGGCUAGGGAAUAUUUUACUGCAGGGGAUUUUGAUAAUGCGAAGCAGUUAUUUGAUGGUGUUACGGGCCUUUACAGGCAAGAAGGUUGGAUCACUUUGUUAUGGGAAACUUUGGGUUACUUGAGGGAAUGUUCCUGGAGGCUUGUUUCAGUGAAAGAUUUUAUCCAGUACUCCCUUGAGAUGGCGACCUUGCCUGUAUUUUCUAGCAGUGGAGUAGAAACUUUAGAUGGUAAAAGGGCGUAUGGCCCUGCUGGCCCUCCUACUCUUUCACAGAGGGAGACAAUACAGCAGGAAGUUUUCAGCCUCCUAAAGGGACACGCAAGUGAACUAAGCAGUGGCCUUAUCAUACAAGAUGACCAGCCUACAAGUCUUACUGUUGAUCUAGUAAAUCCACUUAGGAUGGCGUUCCUCACUUCUGUUGCUUUUCACAGUCAGACUAUGAAGCCAGGCUUAUCGGCACUCAUAACUGUGUCUAUACUAUCACAACUGCCUCAUCCAGUGGAGAUCGAUCAGUUGGAAAUUCAAUUCAAUCAGCCCAGCUGUAAUUUUAAAGUAGUCAAUGAUGAAGAAUUCUUUACCAAAGAGGUCAAGGAAGAAAACCAUGAUACCCAUUUAAAAUCAAUUCCAUCUCUUAUAUUGACUACCAACAAGUGGUUGAGGAUGACAUUUGAGAUAAGUUCUGGACAAAGUGGAAAACUUGAGUGCGUGUCAGUAAAUGUUAUGGUGGGGCAUCUGUUCACUUUCUGCUGCAGGCCUGAGAGUCCUGCUUCAAUGGAAGGUUUGGCCCUGUGGAAAUUUGAGGAUCUGAUGGAGAAUUUUCCUUCUAAAGACCCCAUAGUCUCAUUUUCUGGCCAAAAGUAUAUUCAGGUGGAAGAACCCGAGCCUCAAGUAGAACUCACGUUGAGUGCAUCAAGCCCUGCAUUGGUUGGGGAGAGCUUCAUAGUUCCCGUCUCUGUCAUCUCCAAAGGUCAUGCUAUUCAUUCUGCUGAACUUAAGAUUAACCUCGUGGAUGCAAAAGGUGGUGGGAUGCUAAUGAGUCCAAGGGAUACAGAGCCAUUUUCCUUAGACGACCACCAUGUAGAACUUCUCUGUGUUUCUGGGGCAUUUGAAGAUGAUUCCCAAUCAAAUUCUGAUGACAUUAGGAAAAUACAGCAGUCGUUUGGAGUGGUCUCCGUCCCAUUCUUGGGUGCUGGGCAAUCAUGGUCCUGCCGACUGGAAAUAAAAUGGAACAGACCCAAAUCUGUUAUGCUUUAUGUUUCACUUGGUUAUCUGCCAAACACAGAAACCAAUUCACAGAGAAUUAACGUGCACAGGAGCUUGCAGAUUGAAGGUAAAAUCCCAUUCACUAUUUCUCAUCGCUUCAUGAUGCCUUUUCGCAGGGAAGCUUUACUUCUUCCCAGAGUCACAGCAUUACCAGAUGUUCAUCGCAAGAUGAGAUUGCCGCUGAACGAGCGAACUAUUCUCAUGGUGAGUGCUAGAAAUUGCAGCGAGAUUCCGUUACGCUUGGUAUCAUUGUCCAUUGAACCAGAUGGCAAUCAAGAUCCAGAAUGCUCUUGCUCUGUGCAGCAAAGCGGCAGUGUUUCUUUUGGUCCUCCCCUUAUUGUUCCGGGUGAGGAAUUCAAACAGGUUUUUUCCGUGACACCACAAGCUAAUUCACCAAAUAUUGAGAUCGGCACAGUUCAUCUUAAAUGGGUGAGAGAUUCCAAUCCCGGCAGGCAUUCUAACGUUGUCCUUACGAAACAAGAUUUGCCCGGCGUAAGUGUCGAGACGCCGACACUGGUUGUGAGUCUUGAUUGCCCUCCCCAUGCUGUUCUUGGAUUUCCUUUCUCAUUUUACAUCAAAGUUCACAACAACACAAGCCUACUUCAGGAGAUAAAUUACACAUUAGGGGACUCCCAGAGUUUUGUUUUUACUGGUCGUCACACUGAUUCAGUCUUCAUUCUUCCAAAAUCGGAGCACAUAAUCAGCUAUAAGCUUCUGCCACUGGUUUCAGGCUUGCAGCAUCUUCCAAUUGUCACUGUGACUUCAGUGAGGUACUCAGCUGCAAUGAAUCCUUCGCUUGCAGCAACUACUCUUUUUGUAUAUCCUUCAGAGCCCUAUUUUGAUACUGGAAGAAAGAGUGAACUGGUACAAGCUUCCUAGUGUAUUUCUCUGGAUCUUAUUGCAGGUAUGCCGAUUCAUCUAAAGCCUAUAUUUUUUGUUUAAUUUAUUCAUUGAGGAUCUGCAUUCUAUAAAAAUUUUCACGAGGAUUAUCAUCAGUUCCUUAGUAUGGACGCUACCAUUUUAAAGGGUAUUAUGCAUUUUAAGAUGGCUCGCUUGUUCUGCAUCUUUCUUAGCUCGGGAGGUCUAUGUAUACGCUAUAUAUGUUUCUUUAUAAUUGACAUAAACUUUCUUCACAAUUGAUAUUGAUCUGUUUCUAUUAAAAGAGAAGUUGAUAUAAAGGUGAAGGGUUGUUUUUAUA